CGGAGGAGAGAUUUCAUGGCGAAGGGUAUCAAGACGGUUAUGCUGAAGGAAAUCGUAUUGGUGUUACUGAAGGAAGGAUCUAUGGAUCGUUACAUGGGGCCAGGAUUGGGUCUGAGAUUUUGGAAGCUGUGUAGCAAGAUGUGCUUGCUUUCCAGACUGACUGCUGUCUCCGCCACCCAUUGCUUGGUUGGAUGUUAUCUUGGGUUUGCAUUGACUUGGCAGCAUCUUCUCCACAACUGCACCGGUGAAAAACACAGUAAAAAACUAAAGGCCCUGGAAUCACUAGUAGGAAUGAUUCAGAAAUUCCCUUAUGAAGACCCCACUUACAACAAACUUCAAGACGAUCUGGAGAAAAUCAGAGGAAAAUUUAAACAGGUUUGCUCAAUGCUAAAUACUCAGCCUGACUUUAGAAUUGGUCUGGAAAGAUCUGUACUUACUUUUUGAGUAUAAGAUGAAGAUAAACGUGAACAAAGAAGAAAUGUGUUCACAGAAGUUUUGGGAUGGAAGGGACCUCAUGAGAUCAUUGAGUCCAGCCCCCCUGCUCAAGAACAGAUGUCUGGAGAAUAUGCUUUUUUUAAAAACAGACAGAAUUCAUUUUCAAAAAGGAAGAAGAGAAGGGUUGAGGUUUUAGAAAUUCUGGUGAAUAGAGACUCAUUUCACUUUUGUUGUCUCCCAUUCUUAUUAUGUUCACUGCAAUGAAUAAUACUGUGAAAAAAACAAAACAUAGUCUCUGUUGUAGACUGAUAGUUUUAUUCCUAAAGGGAAAAUAAUCUGCUUCUAAUUAUAAUUGUUCUUGUAGUUUUUUUUCCUUGUUUUAAUCAAAGGAUGCCUAUUGUUUAAAAAGACAAUGUGAACAUUGACACAAACAUAUAGUAAGAUAUGUUUUUAUAGUAAGCAGUAGCUUUAUUUUUUAUUGGGAAAGACUGAAGAGGAGUUUGGGAUAAAAGAGAAUCUUGCUCUUCUGGUUCUUGGCUUUCUGUAUUGUUUUCAUGAGACAUACAGAUUAAUCCAACAGAGCAAUUAAAUUGGCUGUUGCAUGUGACUACUAUUAGAAAUGUAGUCAAUAUCUAACGACAAUUUACGUUAGAGUGGCUAAUUGAAAGAGGUAAAACUUUCUGGUUUUGGAAAUGCACUACUCAGUUUGAUAAAGAAAUUGGAUGCUGUUAGGCUGUAUGGAUGGAUAUUGAGCUAUGUUAGUUAAAGACAGGACUGUCCAACUUCUAAGUGGCUGGGUACUGCACACCCUGUGGAUCACACUAGCAGGGGCCACAGGCCCCUGAAGCUGUAUGAUUUCAGGAAUAUUACCCUCACCGCUGCAUUGCGCUGCUCUGGGCCAUGGGUUCCCCAGCACUGCAGGCUGCACCGUGGGGCAAGGAAGGGAAAGCUGGAGGGAGAGGGAGCCUGGAGACCCCGGCUGCUUCCUCAGCUUGAGCUGGGGGGAAAGCAGUGGCCAGGUAGGAGCCUGGGGGGACAGGGCUGAAAAUUUAACUCCUUGCAGGCUGCAUGAGGCUUCCAGGUCACCCGUUGGACAACCCUGGCUUACAGGAAAACAGUAACUUUUUUAUAUAGUAACUUAUUUUCUAUUGAUGCAUAUAUUUAUAUCGCUAUUUGCAUAUGGACUGUAAUGUCACUUCUGGAAAGCAUUUCACUACAGUGCAGUGCAUGUAUGUUUGAUUGAUUGAUUGAUUUGUAUAUUGCUCUUUCCCAAAAGGCGCCAGGUAGCUUACAAUAAAAGAGAAAAAGAACUAUAUAAACAGAAUAAAAUCCUAAAAUAAAAACAAAAACACCCCCAACCUGGGUGGGGAGGGGAGGAGGGAAACAAGUUAAAAAAUAAUCUACCCCU